CAAAAAGCUUUCAUUUCUUUCAGCGGCCUUUGGCUCUGGGAGCUGAUAUUUGUAUGUAUUCUGCAACAAAAUAUAUGAAUGGCCACACUGAUGUUAUAAUGGGCUUAGUGUCUGUUAAUUCUGAAGACCUCCAUAGUAGGCUUCGUUUCUUGCAGAAUUCUCUUGGAGCGGUUCCGUCUCCUUUUGACUGCUACCUGUGCAAUCGAGGUCUGAAGACUCUACAUAUCCGAAUGGAGAAGCAUUUCAAAAACGGAAUGGCAGUUGCCCAGUUCCUGGAAUCUAAUCCCCGGGUGGAAAAGGUUAUUUAUCCUGGGCUGACCUCUCAUCCUCAGCAUGAGCUGGCCAAGCGUCAGUGCACAGGCUGCCCAGGGAUGAUCAGCUUUUAUAUUAAGGGCACUCUUCAACAUGCUGAGACCUUCCUCAAGAACCUAAAGUUAUUUGUUCUGGCUGAGAGUUUGGGAGGAUUGAAAGUCUUGCUGAGCUUCC